CACACAACCAACUGUUCAGCUGAGAGCUCCUGUGCCGGGGACGCUUUUGUUUUUGCAGAGAAAGUUUUAAAAGUACAGUGUCUACAAUGAUGAUCAAAUUGUUAAGUGUAGUCCUUUUUGCCGGAUUGUUCUUUGCUUUACAAGCGACCGAUGAACCCAACACCACCCUUCCAGAGGACCAAGCUUUAGAAGCGACGGAUGAACCCAACACCACCCUUCCAGAGGACGAAGCUUUAGAAGUGACCGAUGAACCCAACACCACCCUUCCAGAGGACGAAGCUUUAGAAGCGACCGAUGACCCCGACUUCCCCCUUACAGAGGACGACGCUUUAGAAGUGACCGAUGAACCCAACACCACCCUUCCAGAGGACGAAGCUUUAGAAGUGACCGAUGAACCCAACACCACCCUUCCAGAGGACGAAGCUUUGAAAGCGACCGAUCAAUACAACACCACCACUCCAGAGGCCCAAGCAAGGCCUUGCUGGACCAACUGGUUUGACAGAGACAAUCCCAGUGGACAAGGGGACUAUGAACUUCUCUCUAGUCUUCACAGACAGUACCCAGGACAAAUCUGCCCAAAUCCAGGAGCUAUUCAGGCCCAAACUCUAACUGGAAUCAGUGCGGCUGCAGCAGGGGAAAAGAUUUAUAGAAGUGACACAACUACUGGAUUCAUCUGCAGAAACAGAGACCAACCCGACAAGAGGUGUAAAGACUAUCGCGUUCGUUUCAGCUGCCCUAGCUAUUUCUGUGGACCAAACGUGUGCUGGACCAAUUGGUUUGACAGAGACAAUCCCAGUGGAACAGGGGACUGGGAACUUCUCUCUAGUCUUCGCAGACAGUACCCAGGACAAAUCUGCCCAAAACCAGGAGCUAUUCAGGCCCAAACUCUAACUGGAAUCAGUGCGGCUGCAGCAGGGGAAAAGAUUUAUAGAAGUGACACAACUACUGGAUUCAUCUGCAGAAACAGAGAUCAACCCGACAAGAGGUGUAAAGAUUAUCGUGUUCGUUUCACCUGCCCUAGCGCUUACUGUGGACCAAACGUGUGCUGGACCAAGUGGUUUGACAGAGACAAUCCCAGUGGACCAGGGGACUAUGAACAUCUCUCUAGCCUUCGCAGACAGUACCCAGGACAAAUCUGCCCAAAUCCAGGAGCUAUUGAGGCCCAAACUCUAACUGGAAUCAGUGUGGCUGCAGCAGGGGAAAAGAUUUAUAGAAGUGACACAACUACUGGAUUCAUCUGCAGAAACAGAGACCAACGCGACAAGAGGUGUCAAGAUUAUCGUGUUCGUUUCACCUGCCCUAGCGCUUACUGUGGAGUAAAAGUGUGCUGGACCAAGUGGUUUGACAGAGACAAUCCCAGUGGAACAGGGGACUGGGAACUUCUCUCUAGCCUUCGCAAAGAGAACCCAGGAAAAAUCUGUAGAAAACCUCUGUUCAUUAAGGCUGUUACCACUGACACAAAUACUCCAGCCUCCUCCACAGGGAAUAACUUCUUCAUGUUCCAUCCAUCCAAGGGACUUGUUUGCCGCAACAGGGACCAGAGAUCUCGUAAGUGCCGUGACUACAAAGUCAAGUUUGGGUGCCCAUGCCCAUGAAAAAAGCCCUGAC